AUGGCUUGGAGAUUCAAAGCCAGUAAAUACAAAAACGCGGCGCCGAUCGUACCCAAGCCGGAGACGUACGUUAGAGAUAUCUGUGUGGGCUCUUACCAGACUUAUGGAAACAAUAUCGCCGCUUCUGCCAAGUUUAUGGCUUUCAAUUGGGACCACGUAGGCUCCUGUUUGGCCGUGCUUCCUCUGGACGAUUCGGGCAGAAAGAGCAAAUCGAUGCCCCUUCUGCAAGCUCAUACCGACACCGUCACUGACAUUGCAUUUUCUCCAUUCCACGAUGGACUUUUAGCUACGGGUUCGCAAGACUGUUUGGUGAAACUUUGGCACAUUCCAAAAGAAGGACUGCAGGAAUCUCUUAGUAAUGCAGAAUGUACGUUUUCCCAUAAGCAACGUAGAGUAGAGCUCGUUGGUUUCCACCCAACGGCUGAUUUUCUUCUUCAUUCCACCUCGUACACUACAUUCACUUUGUGGGAUCUUUUAUCCGAACAAGAAAUCUUCUCCAACACAGACCCCACGGAGGUUAUCCAAUCGGUAAGCUGGAAGAGAGACGGUACUUUAGUGGCCACUUCCGCUAAAGACAAGCAGGUGAGAAUUUUGGAUCCGAGAACUGAAAACGCUUGCUUGAAAUCCGCAAACUCUCAUCCCGGGAUAAAAGAUUCGAAAGUAGUGUGGCUGGGUGAGCAAAAUAAAAUUUUGACCACCGGUUUCGAUGCUCAAAGACUGAGGCAAGUGAUAAUUAGGGAUUUACGUAAGUUCGAUGAAACUGAGAAAACGUUAGAGUUAGAUUGCUCGACUGGUAUACUCAUACCCCUUUACGAUGCUGAUACUGGAAUGUUAUUUUUGGCUGGAAAAGGGGAUACUACAAUUUUAUAUCUGGAAGUAACAGAUAAGGAUCCUUACCUUAUUGAAGGUUUGAAGCAUUCGGGUGAGCAAACAAAAGGUGUUUGUUUAGUGCCGAAAAGGUCGUUGAAUAUUAUGCAAGGAGAAGUGAAUCGGGUACUUCAAUUGACCAGCUCUUCAGUGAUUCCGAUAACUUAUCAAGUACCGAGGAAAAGCUACAGGGAUUUUCACGCUGAUAUUUAUCCCGAGACUCCUGGAUACAAGACUGACUUGGCUUCGUCAGAUUGGACACAAGGGAAGAAUAUUCCAUUGCAGAAAAUUUCCUUAGAUCCUUCGAAACGUGAAAAUGGCGAGGCACCUUUAGUGAUUCAUCGAGGUCCCCUCCAGCAAAUGCGAGAAGAAUUCAAAACCAAAAUGUUAAACUCCAAGCCCGACGUCAAGCCAAAAUUUAUACCCACUAAAAAACUAGACAAUCAUCCAGUAAGAGGCAUCAUCAGUAACUUCGAAAAAGAAAAGGACAACAAACAAAUCGAAGAGGAACAGAACAAUAUUAACGCUGAAAAAGAUAAUGAUAAUGACGAAAAGGUAAUAGCUCCUUCCAUUAUUCCCCCUAAACCUUUACCGAGAACGUCGAGAACUAGUUCUGUGUGCGAUACCCAAAUUACCGAGGAUUUGAAUAACGUUCCCAAGCCAGUGGCUAGACCUCGUACAAACAGUUGCGCUCCCGUUGUAACGUCUGUCAGUCCCGUCGCUCCCACCUCCGGAGGAUACAAGCCGAGGCUCGGUCCGAAACCGUUCACUCCGCCGAACCUCAACGACACGGAAAAUUCGUUUUCUAAAGUUUUCUCCGUGCCCGCCGUUCCCGGGCAGCCCUCGAACGCGCCCUCCACGGCUAGCGCCGACGAGAAGAAAAUCGAAACCGUCAAAGAAAAGUCUCCCACCGCGGAAACCAACGACAAAGUGGAGUUGAUCCACAGCAAAUCGGGCUCGAGCGGCGAAGAAGAAGCCAGCAGCGAUUCGGGCUACGUUCCGCGCACGCCCAGCACCGCCGAGCGAAGGAAGCUGUUCGAAUCUCGAUCGGAUUCGAAGGAGAACGAGCCCGACGAGGCGUCCGAUUCGGUGGAUUUCGAACGAGGCGGCCAGCGGGCCAGCAUCGCCGAAAGAAGGAGGCUCUACGAGAACCGAUCGGUUUCGGUGCAAGAACAGAGCUCCGAUAAGAAGGAGAGCUCUCCGGUGAUGCUUCGUCGGAAGGAUUCGUUCAAAAACAGGAAGUCCGUGGACGAUGUUUUGAAGGACGAUAACAACAGGAAAAGUAUGCCGGUGUCGAAGCAACAGAGCGCCGAUCCUGUCGGGUCUCGGAAAUCCGAAAUCGUCAUGCCGACGCCGAAGAGAACAUCGACUGUUUUCGGACGAGUAUCGAAAUUCAGGCACUUGAAAGGCACUCCUUUGCACAAAUCGUUUCACAUUGAGAACAUCAGGAACCUGAGCCGGCAGAUUCCCGGCGAAUGCGAUGGAUUUCAAGCGAACCCCGAACGCGUGGCGGUUCCUUUGAGCGGCCCCGGUGGUAAAAUCGCCAUAUUCGAAUUGAGCAAAACCGGAAGACUGCCCGACGGUGUUAUUCCUGCUUUAGUGCACGGUAACAGCAUCAUGGACUUCACAUGGGAUCCUUUCGAUACUCGAAGAUUAGCCGUAGCCUGCGAUGAUGGUACCGUAAAAUUAUGGAGAAUACCCGAAGGCGGUCUCAAAGAACCAACCAACGAAACUGAAAAAGAAUUUGUCGCCCAUUCCGAUAAGAUUUACUUCAUCAAAUUUCAUCCCACCGCUAAGGACGUGCUGGCUUCAGGUUCUUACGAUGCGACGAUAAAAUUGUGGGAUUUGGCGACGCUGAGCGAGAAGAUCGUUUUGAACGGCCCGGCCGAUCAAAUUUUCAGCUUCGCUUGGUCGCCGUGCGGAUCUUUCUGCGCCACCGUGAGCAAAGAUAGCAAAAUUCGCGUGUAUAAACCGCGCGCCGGCGAGAACGCCUUGCGCGAGGGCAAAGGUCCCGAAGGGAACAGAGGCGCCAGGAUAACGUGGGCGCUCGACGGGCACUUUAUUGUCGUCACUGGUUUCGAUAAAGUGUCCGAGAGGCAGAUUACGGCUUACCGAUCGGAUAAUUUGGACAGUCCGCUCAACACUCAAAGUCUGGACGUUUCGCCGGCCAUUUUGAUACCGUUUUACGACGAGGAUAGCUCGACGCUGUUUGUUACAGGAAAAGGCGAUUCGACAAUUUAUGCGUUCGAAAUAACCGAAGAGCAUCCUUAUAUCUGCGCUUUGAGCCAUCACAGAUGUAACACAUUGCACCAAGGUUUGUCAUUUUUACCCAAGAACGCGUGCGACGUUGCCAACGUGGAAUUUGCCAAGGCUUUCAGGCUCACUAACAAUUCGAUCGAACCUCUCUCGUUUACAGUACCUAGGUUAAAAACGGAGCUAUUCCAGGACGAUCUGUUUCCACCGACGAGAAUCACGUGGAGUCCGACGAUGAGCUCUUCCGAGUGGUUCGGCGGCAAAGAGAAAGCACCGGCUAAAGUAAGCUUGCAACCAUCGGGCAUGGAGCUAUUGUCCGAGUGUCAGGGCCAGCCGAAUAGCGAAAGAACGAUAAAUAAAUCGGCAUCGAGCCCUUUCAUCGGCCUCAGCCAUGGAAGAGUCGGCUGGGACGUCGAUUCUAGCGACGUCAAGUGCAAGCAAGAUGAGAUAAAGAAAUCGGUGAGUAGUAAGCUCCAAUUCAACAUGGCGCUGGAACAGGACGCUAUGGAAGGAGUGGACGAAAAAGAAUGGGUAGAAUAA